GUAGCUGACGAACGCUCGUGAGCGCCGAAGCACAAGAACGAAGAUCAAAUAAACCCUGAAGCUGAAUUAAUGCAGUUCCUCUGCUGGUUUGAACUGCGAGAGUGUGACUGAACGAGUCGGCUGCACGCGAAGGGCAGUGAGAAGAGGGUGUUUCUGCAGGGUCCGGUACUCUGUGGCUGUUGCUGCCUUUCUGGUGUAUUAAAGACUGUGCACAUCGACGAGCUGUGAGGCACCUGCGGUGUGAAGUUACUUCCUGCUCUUGGGUGGCAGUGAAUUAACGUGAUGGAGCAGAACAACAGCAUACCUCCCUUCCAGGGGCAGGCCUCCCCUCAGGGUGCCAUGACGCCAGGCAUGUCAAUAUUCAGUCCCAUGAUGCCUUAUGGCUCUGGCCUGACACCCCAACCUGUCCAGAACACCAACAGUUUGUCCAUACUGGAGGAACAGCAGAGGCAACAACAGCAGCAACAGGCACAGCAGGCAAACGCAGGCCUUCCUGGAACCUCGGGGCAGACCCCUCAGCUUUACCAUUCCCAGACGGUUGCAGGCUCGACCACCACUGCGCUGCCGGGCAACACCCCGCUCUACAACACUCCGUUGACCCCCAUGACCCCCAUCACACCGGCCACACCCGCCUCGGAGAGCUCCGGAAUAGUACCGCAGCUACAAAACAUCGUAUCUACUGUCAAUUUGGGCUGUAAACUGGACUUGAAGACAAUUGCCCUGAGAGCGAGGAAUGCAGAGUAUAACCCAAAGCGUUUUGCUGCAGUCAUCAUGAGAAUACGAGAACCCAGAACUACAGCGCUCAUUUUCAGCUCCGGGAAGAUGGUGUGCACUGGAGCCAAGAGUGAGGAGCAGUCACGGUUAGCUGCCAGAAAAUACGCUCGUGUGGUGCAGAAGCUCGGUUUUCCUGCAAAGUUUCUGGACUUCAAGAUUCAGAACAUGGUGGGAAGCUGCGAUGUGAAAUUCCCCAUUCGGCUAGAAGGAUUAGUCCUCACACAUCAGCAGUUUAGCAGCUAUGAACCAGAGCUGUUUCCAGGACUGAUUUACAGAAUGAUCAAACCAAGAAUUGUCCUUCUUAUCUUUGUCUCCGGGAAAGUAGUACUCACAGGUGCCAAGGUGAGAGGAGAGAUCUACGAAGCAUUUGAAAACAUCUAUCCCAUCCUGAAAGGCUUCCGCAAGACAACGUAGAACCUGCAGCUCCUUUUUUCCCCUUUUAUCAUCAAUACUUUGUACUUUUUUUUUUUUCAUAAGAAU